AUGCUGGCAGAGCUGGGGUCCUGUCUGCUGUUGGCAGUGGCACUGCUGGGCCCAGGUCCCAGGGCCCAAGCCAUGAAAGGUAUCAAAUGUGGGGGUGUGCUCUCAGCACCUUCUGGAAACUUCUCCAGCCCCAACUUCCCUAGGCUGUACCCCUACAACACAGAGUGCAGCUGGUUGAUCGUGGUGGCAGAGGGAUCCUCUGUGCUGCUCACCUUCCAUGCCUUCGACCUGGAGUACCAUGACACCUGCAGCUUCGACUUCCUGGAGAUCUACAAGGGGGCCUCUGGAGACAAGGGCAACCUGCUGGGGAGAUUCUGUGGCCAGGUGCCCCCACCACCCUUCACUUCCUCCUGGCAUGUCAUGUCUGUCAUCUUCCACUCAGACAAGCACGUUGCCAGCCGUGGCUUUUCAGCAGGCUACCAGAAAGAUGUGUGUGGUGGUGUCCUGACUGGCCUGUCGGGGGUCCUCACCAGCCCCGAGUACCCCAACAACUACCCCAACAACGUGGAGUGCCGCUGGGUGAUCCGGGCCACUGGCCCUGCCACCAUCAAGCUGGUGUUUGUGGACUUCCAGGUGGAAGGCAGUGAGAAGUGCACCUAUGACUAUGUGGUUGUGCUUGGGGGGCCUGGGCCUAUCCGUGGACACAACUACUGUGGCAGCACCAGGCCCCCGACCCUUGUGUCACUGGGCCACGAGCUGCAGGUGAUCUUCAAGUCUGACUUUAACAUUGGAGGCCGGGGCUUCAAGGCCUACUACUUCUCAGGAGAAUGCCAGGAGGUGUAUAUGGCUGUACGGGGCAAUUUCUCCAGCCCACAGUACCCCAGCUCCUACCCCAACAACAUCCGGUGCCACUGGACCAUCCGCCUGCCACCUGGCUACCGGGUCAAGGUGUUCUUCCUGGACCUGGAACUGGAGGAGCCCAACAGCCUGACUAGGACCUGUGACUUCGACCAUCUGGCAGCCUUUGAUGGGGCCAGUGAGGAGGCACCCCUGCUGGGGAAUUGGUGCGGCCACCACCUGCCGCCACCCAUCACCUCGAGCCACAACCAGCUCCUGCUGCUGCUACACACAGACCGCAGCACCACCCACAGGGGCUUCUCUGUGGCCUACAUUGGAGUGGUGCCCAUGAAUGUGAGCUGCUCCCGCACAGAUUUCCAGAUCCUGAUCUCCACACAGGCACUGGCCCCACUGGAGCGGACCAAGGUCUACUUGGGCAGCCGGAGCUGUUCUGCCCAGGAAGUCGGCAGCAAUUUCAAGAUCCAGGCCCGCUUUGACACCUGUGGCACUGAGUCUCAGAGAAGGAACAACACUUUGGUGAUUGCCAGCGUGCUGUACAUCGACUUCUCAGCUGCUGGGCAGGAGGACGUCCAUGAGUAUGAGGUCCGCUGCGAGCCACGGCGCAAGGAGGCUUCUGUUCACCUGCUGUCCGGGUCCAACUGGCUUGGGCCCUAUGCUGCCGCUGCUGAGCACCUUCAGGAAGUGCCACCCAGGGAUGAGGGGGAGGCACUGGAGGGCCCAGUGACCAUGGUGGCCCAGGACACCAGUGACAUUGUCUUCCUGGGCCUUUGCAUCCUGGCUGGAGUCCUCAUGGUCAUUGCCAUCAUUGUCCUGAUGCUGCUGUGA